AAUGAGGAUUUUGGCUUGGAUAUUGCUUGACGCCCCGGGUUGGGUUCACUGGCAAACGUCAAGUGAUCGGCAUAUGAAGUGCCACACUUCGAUUAGUACCAAAAUACAUACUUCAUAAUAUUUAAAGCCACUUUAAGCAAAGACUAGAAAGUUUCAGUCAUGGAAAAUCCUCUGUAUAUUUUCAUGAGUAAUUGAAUGUUUAAUGUGUUACCUUUGAAGCGAGAUUUAUCAAGGUGAAUAGAUGAAACAAUAAGCGAUUUAAGAAACAAAAGAUUAUUAUUUAUCGACGCACUACGGUUUGUAAUAAUAAUGUAAUAUGAUCAUAUAUGUUGACACACUGCCCGCUAUGAACAGAGUUUAAACUCAUGAAGUAAAAUGCUGUAGGCAAUCAACACUAACCGACUCGAUACAGUACCAAACAUAUGUAUUCACCUUAAAACUUCAAUCAUACAUAACAAACUACUUCAGCAUGAGGCGAUAUACCUUGUAAUAUGAUAUGAGCACCAUUUCGUUACUUCUUUUCCGCUGCCAAGAAGAGAAAUACAAGCAAUACGAAAGUUGCGUUCAAGCAAACCGCUCAGACCCUCGCGGCCAGUUUAUUGCUAGUCGGAACACUUUUAGGGAUUCCAGCGAGUUUUUAACAGGGCUGAAAUUCGUCUCAUAUAAUUUAGUGGCAGAACAGAUGAUACGUAUUACGGGUACAACGAAUUCAACCCAGCACUUCGGGUGCGUUGGACUACCAGCGCAUAACUUUACGGCAGUCAUUAGAGCAGUCACUUUUGACAAAGCCAUUUCAGAGAAAAUGUCGAUCCGUGAUAGUAAUAAGCCAAAAGUAGAAUUUAGUGACUCGGAUUUUUUUCUAGAGCAACACCAUGCUCGCAGUGGUCUUACUGCUCCUACAAUAUCGAGAAGUGAACGUGGACCAACGAAACUGUCCCUUUUCUUUGCCAGUCUUUGUAUUAUCGACCUAUUCGGAGUGUUCCCGAUCGUUGCUUUGCCAAAAUCUAUUAUCUCCUGUGGACUAUAUGGAGUUCCGCUAGUCCUGUUCGUUAUAACGUUGCAAAUCUAUACGGCUACCAUUCUGGGAAGAUGCUGGACCAUAGCCGAAAAGCUGGACCCUUCGAUUGUGGCGAAGAAUCGGUAUCCAUAUGCUGCAAUCGCGGAGUUCACCUAUGGAAAACGGAUGAGUGUGUUUGUGACUGUGCUCCUGGAUAUGACAGUGUUUGGUGGCGGUAUUCCAAACUUAUUGGUAGCUUCACAAAAUCUGCAGCUGCUGGGGUCAAAAGUAUCAGGCGGGGGAUUCGAGUUUUCCUUCUGCUAUUGGCUCGUGUUGAUAGGACUGUUUCUCUGUCCUAUAAUGUGGCUAGGAAGCCCUAAGAAUAUGCGAGCGUUAGCCAGUGUUUCAGUCAUAGUGUGCAGCAGUGUUGCCGUACUAACGUGGUACUCGAUUGGUCAAGACACUGCUAUCGUUUCAUCAAAUGGUACCAGCUAUGAAGACUUUGUCCCGUUCAACGGCAUCGAGCUCGGUUUGCCGUCAUGGAUUAAACUUUUGAAGGCAUACGGAAUAAUUGCCUUUCAGUUUGAUAUUCAUCCUAUGCUAUUAACGAUCCAAGUCGAUAUGGAUCAAAAACGUUUGAUUGGAAAAGCCGUUUUUCUGGGACUGAUGGCCACCUGCUUCCUGUCUGCCGCGACAACCCUGUUGGCUGCCUACCGAUACGGCAUGAACACUACGAACAAUGUUCUACAGAUUUUACCGAAAAGUUGGUCCCUGUACAUAACAAUAAUGUUAGUAACACUGCAGCUGUGCUUGUCUAGUGCUGUAGGUAAUUCGGCACUCUUUCAGCACAUUGAAGAUGUUCUGGGUGCAUCCAGAGAUUUUACAAUCAAACGCUGUGUCAUUCGUUCGAGUCUGGUUUGGUUGGCUGUGAUAAUAGCGGAAAUUCUUCCCCGGUUUGAUGUCGUUAUGGGCAUCAUUGGAGGAACCCUAACCGGGCCUCUUAUAUUUAUUCUGCCGCCUCUAUUGUACCAAAAGAUGACCGCUUUGGAGGCCACAAGCUAUCGGGAAAUGGAACGACUUAAAAGACGAGACACCGGCGAUGUUGAUAGAAAUUCGCCACUUUUCCACGGUGUAUAUGGAUCGAUUGGACAUACACCGCUAAUCGCUGCCAGAGGAAACUUCUCACCGGGAAAUCGAGUGAGAGAAAGCUUCACGUUUUGCUACCAUCGAAUAAAACGUUGCUGUCGCUUCAUGCGCAGUGAUUGCAUUCUUUCGAUAUGCGUUAUCAUGUUCGGUAUCGGGGCAACACUCAGCUCGACUUACUACAACAUAUUUGACGUGAAGGAUAUUGGACUUAACUUCUGGAAAUCAUGCGCUGCCAAUAUUACUCUGGCAAGUGAUUUAUGAACUCGCUAAUAAACAGUUAUUUUUUAAU